AUGGCCUCUUCGGCCUCACUCGGCACACUACGAACUUCCAUACUACGUCUGCCGCCCGCAAUCCGAGCGGCAGCAUACCGCGCCUCUCUUGCUCGGUCUUUCUCUGCGUCCACCACACGGAGAUUCAGUGUGGUUGAUGUAUGUGUCGCACCACCGACCUUUCUUCUGGACAGCCUCCACUCCCUCGGCCUACCAUGGUACGCCGUCAUCCCGACCACUGCCUUCGCGGUCCGCGGCCUUCUACUGUACUACUAUGUCGGCCGUCCCAACCAAAAAGCCGCGCAGGUGUAUUCGUACCUCCAACCUCUGGUAGCCGCUCGAUUCGCACAUAGACGCGAGACGCCUGAAGAGAAACAGAAGUGGAGGGACUGGGAUCCUCCGUUAGACCGGUUUCGCCCCGUACUCUAUGCAAUCAAUACCUCUUGGUGGAGGUCUUCGGAGACGCGGCGAAUCGCCAAACAGUUCAAUGCCGCGCCUUCACGUCUGAAAGGUUUGCUUAACUUCGGCGUGUUGAUUGCUAUGACUGAGUCUCUGCGGAUGAAGAGUGGCAGCAGGGAAGGAUUGCUGCCAUUACUGGUGAACUCGGUCCAGUGGUCCCGAGAGUUUGACUCAUUAGAUAUGACCUUCCAACCUACACUUUCACAGGACGAACAGCUUGCCGCGCGCUUGGAGCAAGCCCGCGUCGUAGACGAGCAAGGCAGCAUCACGUACGACAUGACGAAGUUAGCACCUGCGCCUGACCCUGAGCCGGCGUACGCAGCAUACCUUGAUCCGUCUCUGCACACAGAGGGGCUCCCAUGGUGUCCCGACCUCGCCAUGCCGGAUCCGACGGGGAUCCUACCGGCUGCUAUGGUCGCCAUCAUGGAGGGCGUGCCUGUAACCAAGGGCGCACCGGCUCGCCCGCUUCUGAACCGCUUCCAGAACCUCUUUCCACCACUGACAAGGUGGCAACGCGUCUAUCUUCUUGUCGCGUGCGCGUUCGGUUGGCUGGUGCAGCAGUGGCCCGCCGCGUUACUGCUCUACUUCAUCUCAAACAUCGCCAUUGCUGCAGUGCAGCAGCAAUUCCUCAGGGCCCACUACCCUGUCCGGAGGCCCAUCAGACCCUGUGCGCGGCCUUUGAGGCAGAAGGUGCGGAAGGCUUGGUCAUGA